CUCUCCUUAGUUAGGGCGUUCCCAUCAGUCGGUGUCACAACGCAAACAAGCCACGGCUCUUUCCUUACGCCACAUUAAAUUCAGCUAACACUCAUCCAAGUAAAGUAACCCAUCAAUUCAAAAUGUCACUAGUAUGAACGAACCAUAUAAUCUUCCAUUCAAAACUACCCCACAAUCCACAUAUCCAUAUUCUGAUAUUCACACCCAUACAUACACACAUGCGGCCACAAUACAAUCACACUACCAAAAGCAGACCCCUCUCCCAUCCCUCAUGAUCCCUUCCUUCACACCCACACAUAACCAAAACACACCCUUUAUUUACCAUAAAAAGAAUCAAUCAAAAACAUAGAUUCCAAAAUAAGUCCAUCUGGAUGGUUCAUAUGAUUAACACUUUUUGUGUUACUUUUGUGCUGGCUAUGCCAUCAACAGCGCCCACUCUGUUAUUCUAUGUACACGCAUGCUUUCUCAUUACUACUACUUUCAUUAUUUAAAUCCUAUUCGUUCAUCUACUCCAAAAAAGUAAUCAAAUCAUUGAAUAUUUGAACUUUCCUCUUCUUUGUAUUUCCUUAUUCAUUAGCCGGAAAUUAAGACGAAACAACCAAACAACCUUAACAUCUCUUUGUCUAGCCGCUACAUCUUCUGUCUCUUUGUUCAAUUGAACGUCACUGUAACUCUUCUCUUUCCGUUUUUUUAUAUUUUUAUUCAAACUGUCUUUGUUCAUACUGUUUUACCGCAAAUAUUUAUACUCUCUUCUGUCCCUCUAAACUUGACUAAAAUCCAACCACCACUUCAACUUUUUGCAACUUUCACUUUUCCCCCCAUAAAUUCCGUGUCGUUUCAUACAAACGUCACUUUCUUCUCUUCCCUUCACAUAUAUACAUACACAACCAUUCACUUCAGUUGUGAAAAAUAUUAAGAAAAUGGUGAUUGUGGAAGGUGAAGAGGAACAUGAAGAAUUGAUUCCAGGUUUACCUGAUGAAAUAGCAGAGAUUUGUCUUCUUCGUGUUCCUUACCCGUAUCAGCCUCUAGUACGCUCGGUUUCAUCAUCGUGGAACCGAGCAAUAUCGAAUCCAUCUUUUCUACUCUCCAAGAAAAACUUCUCGAGAAAACUUUCGAAUCCGCAACUCUUUGUGUUAGGUUUUCAUACAGUAACCUCAAAACUCCAAUGGCAAUCGCUCGAUCCUUCUUCUAACCGUUGGUUUAUACUUCCUCAGAUGCCUCUCCCGAACGACACCGUUUGCUCAACCUCAUUUGCUUCCGCUUCGUUGCAGACUCAGGGAAAGAUAUUCUUCAUGAGAGGAACUUCGACGAUUGUUUACCGUACAGUCGUUAACAAAUGGUCGACGGCGUCGGGGAUGAUAUCUGAGAAAUCUUACUUCGCGGCGGAGGAAGUGAACGGAAGAAUCGUAACCGUUGGUAAGAGCGGUACAGAAAUCUACGAUCCGGAAGAUGACACGUGGAGGAGAGGCGCGAAGUUUCCGGGGGAAUUGGAGAGGUAUGAAACGGUGGUUAACGGAGGGAAGAUUUACGUAACGGAAGGUUGGUGGUGGCCGUUUGCGGUUAGGCCGAGAGGUUGGGUUUAUGAAAUAUCGAGUGACACGUGGCGUGAGAUGAGUGAGGGGAUGAAAGACGGUUGGGCGGGAGAGAGUGUUUCGGUGUGUGGUAAGGUGUUUAUGAUACCUGACGUUGAUUUACCGAUGAAGGUUUACGAUGAAAAUACUGACACGUGGCGGUGUGUGAAUGGUGAGAGGUUGCCAAGAGAUAAAGUUAAGAAACCGUUUGUUGCGAGAGGAUUAGAUGAUAGAAUCUACGUGGCGUCACUUGGUUUGAAAGUGGUGGUUGGUACGGUUGUUGAUGAUGACGUGUGUGGCUUGAUGGUGACGUGGCAGGUUUUGGAUGCACCGGAAGGUUUUGGAGAAUUCUCACCUUGUAGUUGCCAGGUAGUGUAUGCAUGAUUGAAAAACUACAAAAGUAGUAGUAACUGUUUUGCAAUGGUGGCCAGGGUGGACAUGUUUUUUUGAGGGUUUUAAUAUUAUACACUCUUUUAGUACUACCAACAUGUCUUGCUAAUAGUUCUGUUUGGUUUUAGAUUGGGGUGCUUUUUUUAAUUUUUGUGUUGGUUUUGUUAAGGAUGAACUGAAUUGGGACUUGUUAGUUGGAACUUGAAUCUGAUUUGUGGGUUGGCCUUGUCUGAUAGUACAAUGCAAGUGGUACAAUUGAGGGGUGCAGCAGGAUAGAGACAUAUGAGUAUACGAUGGAUCUAUGUUUAGGUGAAUGAUCUAUCUAAACAUGAAUUGAUCUGUUGUGUUUUUUUUACAAUGAUAUCUACUAAGUUUUUGUGCAUGUAAAUUAUAAUAAUACAGAAGACAUUCAUGUGCCAGCAAUUGUAGUGUUAAUUUUCGAGAAGUUUUCUUUUA